UGCCCAACGUUCGAAAUUGACGAUAUUAGGGUUUUCGUUGGAAGCAAAAUGUCACCGGGUAGACUGCCGACCGUCGCCGAAAUAGGCCAGCUUGUGGCGCCGGAGAGGCUUCUCCCUACUGUGGAAUUCAACACGACGGUAAAGAAGAAGGGCUUUAUGUGCCAGAAGAGAAAAGCAACAAAAAGAAGAAGAAGCGAACUGAUGAAGAAUUGAAAAGAGAAGGGAAGGAGUCUUUAGAAGGACAUGCAUCGUAUUCAUCGUACAGGAAGGCUUGACAUUUUGAAUGUGGAGGAAUCUGAAGAAGAAUUAGAGUUGGGAGACAUUGGUACAAGCAGAGAAGGGAAGGAGCCCUUAGAAGGACAUGCAUCGUCUCCAUCUCAAACGUUGGGGAAGGACAUGCAUUGUCUUCAGCGUAAAGGAAGGCUUGACAUUUCGAAUGUUGGAGGAACAAGAGAUGGGAUAAGCAUCGGAUUCUAGUUCUUUACCAAGAAAACUCGUGGUAUUUGAGAUCUGGAACUGCUAUGAUUUCUGGCUUACCAACCAAAGUCGGUGAAAAUAUUGGAAAUUUUCUCUUUGAACUGUUCGUGACUCCGCGUAAUGUUUAUCUAGGCAGGCUCCUAAUUCCUGUGGUAGCAGCUUUGAAAUAUUUCCCUCCUCUAGCCAAUCGUGAGGAAACUUACGAGGAGAAGAUAGAGAUCACAGCCACUCUAAACAGAGAUUGGCCUAUGACAGUGAAAUAUCUUAGGUGGGAGAGUUUCUUCGUUACGGUUAGCAAUUGGUAGAGUUUUCUUUUGCGGAACCCUUUGGAUGGUAUGGAUGUGAUUCGUUUCUACAAACCUUACCGGUUUGUUACAAUAACUGUGACCUGGUUGAACUUGCCAAAUGAAGGUUUCCGGGAAUCAUCCAUGAAUUGAACCCUGAAAAUUUCCUGUUUGAGCUGCCGUUGACUGAUGUGGACAUUCUGUGUAAAAGUCUCUUCAUUCCCACGAAAGAAGUAAAGAGUCAUUUCCCCGCAGUUCGAAUUCCAGCUAAAACACAUCACAUGGAGAGGCUUUACUUUACUGAUGAGCGGAAUGGUGAAUGGCGCAUGCAAAUUGCAUGUUUUCGAGGUCUUUUCCGGCUUAUGAUGGAGGAAUUCAUCACUGAGCGCCAUUUGAUAGAAGGGGAUACAAUUAGGUUUUACAAAGCUGACCAGCCUUCUUUAAACUUGCAUCACUUCCUUAUUGGAUUUGUGAAAGGACAUGGUGAUCCGACUGAAUCAAGGACUGCAACAGUAGAUGAUAGCAUGGAUCGAGGUGGUGACAGGGAGGGUGAUGGUGUAGGAGGAGCAGACAGAGGCGGCAACAGACAGGGUUAUGGUGGAGGGAGUAGCUGUGCGGGCCACACGAGGUAGAAAUUUGGUUUUGGAGAUUGCUGUAUGGCGUUGAAAAGCAAUGCAAGGACAGAGGAGUCAUGAACAAGAAGUAGCAACAGUGCCGAUUUCGACCAAGUAGGCAGAGAAGGGAAGGAGUCCUUAGAAGGACAUGCAUCGUCUUCAUUGUACAGGAAGGCUUGACAUUUCGAAUGUGGAGGAAUCCGAAGAAGAAUUGGUGUUGGGAGGCAUUGGUACAAGCAGAGAAGGGAAGGAGCCCUUAGAAGGACAUGCAUCGCCUUCAUCUCAAACGUUGGGGAAGGACAUGCAUCGUCUUCAGCAUAUAGGAACGCUUGACAUUUCGAAUGUGGAGGAACCUGAAGAAGAAUUAGAGUUGGGAUCUAGAACUGCUAUGAUUUCUGGCUUACCAACCAAAGUUGGUGAAAAUAUGAGAAGUUUUCUCUUUGAAGUGUUAGUGAGUCCGCGUAUUGUUUAUCUAGGCAGGCUCCUAAUUCCUGUGGAAGCAGCUUUGAAAUAUUUCCCCUCUCUAGCCAAUCGUCAGGAAACUUACGAGGAGAAGAUGGAGAUCACAGACACUCAAAACAGAGAUUCGCCUAUGACACUGAAAUAUCUUGGGUCGGAGUGUUUCUUUGUCAUGGAUAGCAAUUGGCAGAGUUUUCUUUUGCGGAACCCGUUGGAUGGUAUGGAUGUGAUUCAUUUCUACAAACCUUUACCAGUUUGUUACAAUAACUGUUACUUGGUUGAACUUGCGAAACAAAGGUAUCCAGGGAUCAUCCAUGAAUUGAACCCUGAAAAUUUCCUGUUUGAGCUGCUGUUGACUGAUGUGGACAUCCUGUGCAAAAGUCUCUUCAUUCCCACGAAAGUAGUAAAGAGUCAUUUCCCCGCAGUUCGAAUCCCAGCUAAAACACAUCACAUGGAGAGGCUUUACGUUACUGAUGAGCGGAACGGUGAAUGGCGCAUGAAAAAAGGAUGCUUUCAGGGUCUUUUCCGGCUUAUGAUGGAGGAAUUCAUCACUGAGUGCCAUUUGGUAGAAGGGGAUACAAUUAGGUUUUACAAAGCUGACCAGCUUUCUUUGAACUUGCAUCACUUCCUUGUUGGAUUUGUGAAAGGACGUGCUGAUCUGACUGAAUCAAGGACUGCAGCAGUAGAUGAUAGCAAGGAUCGAGGGGGUGACAGGGAGGGUGAUGAUGGAGGAGGAGCAGACAGAGGCGGCAACAGACAGGGUGAUGGCGGAGGAGGGAGUAGCAGUGGGGGCCUCACGAGGUGGAAAUUUGGUUUUGGAGAUUGCUGUAUGGCGUUGAAAAGCAAUGCAAGGACAGAGGAGUCAUGAACAAGAAAGUAGCAACAGUGGCGAUUUUGACCAAGUAGGAAAGGAUAAUCAUUCAACGAAAUUUUGAUUACAGAUUCUCCUUGUAAAUUCCUGAGGUAGACGGAAGGACGAAAUGGUAGUUUCUAGUAGUAGCUAGCUCUGUAGAAGAUAGUGAACAGUGUUUGCAGAUGAUUGCCGAUGACACUCUGAUUGUUGAUUGUAAUAAUAUCGAAGCAUUUCUCUGUCCUGUUUGAAUGGGUAAAAACUCAAUCAUAAUCGGCGACUGCUGUUUGGAGUUUUGGUUUCUUUCUUCUUCUUUAUUUUUUCUGAACUUUUUCUUUUCUGAUGGACC